AUGGCGGCCAAGGGAUCCCUGAUAAUUACCAGGUACGAUCACGAAAAGCUGGAAAACUUGUUUGGAAGUGAAUUUGCACAAGCGUUCGCAGAUAAACCGUACCUCCAAUCGCUACGGGGGGAGCUUGAACAGGCAACAAUCGUCGAGCCAGAGCAAGUUCCGUCCGACGUCGUGACGAUGAACUCCGUGGUUCGUCUGCGUGAAGCUGGCAGUGACGCCGCCGACGUCUUUACGCUGGCUUAUCCCGAGGAGGCGAACAUUGCCGAGGGCAAGCUUUCUGUCCUGGCCCCAAUCGGAACGGCAAUUCUUGGCUCCCGGGUUGGUGACCUCAUCCAGUGGCAAGUCCCCAGUGGGAUCGCGCACUUCCUGAUCGAAGCAUUGGAGUUUCAGCCCGAGCGUGACGGCGAAACCCGGGGCAAAACUACGAUUUCGCUCACCCCGCUGGAAUUCGAUCCGGCGUGUGGUACGCUCUCGGGCUUGCUGAUGCGUGUAUUGUCUGCCUUCACCCAGAGGAUGAGUUCCAUGGCCAAGUCGUUCAAAAAGAUGCUUGCUGAAGGACAAUUUGUCCGUGCGUUUUCCAUGGGACGGGUCAUUCAUCCGGUGAUGAUCGAUAUGUUCGGGCUCGCCGGGGGAUACGACGGGUUUUGGCUCGAUCAGGAGCAUGGCGGGCUGACUUAUGAUCAGAUCAACCUGGCUUCGGUUUGUGCCCGGGCGAAUAACUUCGAUUGCUUCGUCCGGAUGGCCACCACGAGCUACUCGCUGGUCACACAGAACUUCGAAGCUGGGGCCGGUGGGGUGAUGGCUGCCCAAAUCAACUCGGCGGCCGACGCCGAGGAGUUCGUCCAAUGGGCCAAGUUCGCCCCGCGGGGAAUGCGAGGGAUGAACACCAGCGGCUGGGAUGCACUUUAUACCCAUAAGCCGCCCAAGGAGUUCGCCGUCGAAGCCAACAACGAUCACCUGGUGGCGGUGCAAAUCGAAACGCUGGGAGCCCUGAAGGAAGUCGACGAGAUCGCCGCCAUCGAUGGGAUCGAUAUGCUGUUUGUCGGCCCGGCCGAUCUUUCGCAGUCGAUGGGCCACGUGGGUCAGCUCGAGCACGACGAAGUGUGGCAGGCCAUCGACUCGGUUUACGCGGCUUGCAAGAAGCACGGCAAGAACUGGGGAACGAUCUCGGUGAAUCCCGAUUUCGCCAGUCGGGCCGUGGAGAAGGGCUGCAAGCUGAUGAUCUUCGGCGGCGACGUGCUGUGCCAGAAGCUCGGGAUCGAGGCGGUCAAAAAAGCCUACGCUCCCCAAUUCGCCGACUAA